UAGUUGGUUCAUUAACCGAUUUUGGUUUGACAACAAGUCAACAAGCUAUCCAUCCGUCUAUAUAAAUUCUCCUGCGUCUUCCUAUAUUCAUUCGCUUUCUUCUCUGCCAAACAAAACCCUAGACGACGUCGUAUGCCUUGGUUUUCUUCCCAAAAUGAUGACGACUCAAAAUCAAAUAGCAACCGCAAACCACCGCGACGGAGCUGAGAUCUACACCGGCGAUCUACUGUGCAAGCAGAAAUCAUUAGAUCUUCUCGAAGAAAUUCGGUUGCCUAAGGGAUUGUUACCCCUAGACGACCUCGUAGAGGUCGGUUAUAACCGUAAAACGGGGUUUGUUUGGCUGAAACAGAAGAGUUCGAAGGUUCAUAGGUUCCGUCAGAUUGGACGGAACGUUAGUUAUGAAACGGAGGUAACGGCGUUUGUUGAGGAUAAGAGGAUGAAACGGCUGACAGGUGUCAAGAGUAAGGAGCUGUUUAUUUGGGUGGGUAUUUCUGAUAUUUAUAUGGAUGAAAAAGAUACCUCUAAGAUUACUUUUGGUAAUCCUACUGGUAUUUCUAGAACUUUUCCUGUCUCUGCUUUUGAAUUGGAAGAUGAAAACAAGAAGUAAAAUGUUACUAAUUGUUAUUUAAAAAUCAUUGCUUUAUGUUAAUUUGAUGUUAUAAUUGUCUGUAUUGUAGUGGAUUGUAAUGAAUAAUUAGUUUAAUUUA